GGCGGUUGUUUUGACAGGUAACGGAAGCGGAAAUUUCCGCCAGGGCUCGGCAAAAGCCUCCUCCUCCUCCUCUCACGCCUCUCCAUCACCGUCUCUCUCUCCUCUCCCAGGACAUCGCUUCUCACCUCUGAUGUGAAGAGCAGGUGUUUCAACAAAGAGACACACAUGGAGUGAGCCAUCUAUAAGAGAGGGAGAAUUAGUCCGCUACAGCCAUCUACCAGAACAAGCCUUAAUUACCAUAAGACAUUGUUUAACAGCUCUUUGUAGGCCACACAUCCAGCACCAUGACACAGUCAAUGCUACGCAGAACACUGAAGAACCUUGUUCAGAAUUUCUCUGAAGCUGAGGUCAAGGUAAGGGAGGCGACCUCCAAUGACCCCUGGGGACCAUCCAGCUCGCAAAUGUCCGACAUCUCAGACUUGACCUACAAUGUGGUGGCAUGCGGUGAGAUUAUGGGCAUGUUGUGGAAGCGCCUCAAUGAUGACAAGAAUUGGAGGCAUGUCUACAAGUCUUUAACUCUGCUGGAGUAUCUAUUGAAAACGGGUUCUGACCGUAUUCCAAAGCAGUGUCAGGAGAACAUUCAUACUGUGAAAGCUCUAACAGAGUAUCGCUUCAUGGACAAGGAUGGGAAAGACCAGGGAGUGAAUGUUCGAGAGAAGGCCAAGAUAGUGCUGGUACUUAUUGAGAAUGAGGAGAAACGGAAAGAGGAGCGUGAUUUUGCCAUGAAGACUAAGGACAAGCUGGCAACCGCUUCUGUAGACCCAAAUGAGAAAGCAAAGGCUGAGAUUCCUCCAUAUACGGGGCUGCCGUCUUUGGACAACAUCCCCUCCGUGGCUGAUUUAACUGCCUCCAUGGCAAAGAAAAAAGAGGAGCAGAGACGCCUGGAAGAAAAGAGGAAAGAAGAAGAAAGAAGGGCGAAGGAAGGCGACAGAGAUCCUGACCUAUGGGAACAAGCAGGAACCACUGGCCCUCCAUCUGGCUCUGAUCCUUGGGGAGCACCCUCCGACUCUCUGAAAGAUACAGGCCCUGCCACCAACGAUCCCUGGGGGGCCCCAUCGGACAAUUCCAAAGAUUCAGAUUUGGCUAACAAUGAUCCUUGGGGUGGAUCAGCAGAUGGAAAAAAAGACUCAGCUGCUGCCUCCAGUGAUCCAUGGGGUGGUCCAGCAGAUGCAGAGAAACAAUCAUCCCCUGCCAAGGAUGAUCCAUGGGGAGAAUCUUCAGAGCCCACAGAAGACAAAGGUCAAGCUAGUAACGACCCUUGGGGUGCAUCAGAUGACUUGCCAGUAGAAUCACAACCGCAAAAGUCGGAUCCCUGGGGCUCACCAACAGAUUUUCCUGAAGAGUCUGCUCCUGGUUCUGAGCCAUCAGGCUCAGAACCAUCUGCUGCCAAGCCAGAUCCAUGGAGUAGCGAUGUAGGAACUUCAGCGGUGUCACCCACUGAUCCAUUCGGUGAUGGGGCUAAAGCCGAUAACGACCCAUGGGGCACAACAGCUUCACCACUUCCUGCUAACGAUCCCUGGGGUGCUCCAGCAGUUCCCCCUCAUGGCACAGCAGUAGACGAUCCCUUUGGUGAUGGAGGAAAUUCAAGUGCCUGGGGAACUUCUACAGAGAGGGACGGCAAAAAGCCUGGCAGUUUCCUUGGGGAAGGAGCCUCAUUGGUGGACCUCGAUUCGCUCAUGUCUGUCAAACCCAAACCAAAACAGCCGUCUCUCAAUUCCAUUCUGUCCUCUGGCGAAAAAGCACAGGGCAAUAACUGAGCCAGAAGGAGUGACUGAGAGGAUCAGAUAUCAGAUUAUGCGUUUAUAUAUGAGUGUCUGUGAACCUGUAAUUUUGAAAUAUAGAGAUUAUAUAUUAUGUGGGCAAAUGUAGCCAUUGUAGAUCCUUUUUUAAAGGUAUAACUAGGGCUGGGUUAUGAUAUUUGGUCCUCAAAAGACCCUAUUCAAAUCAAAUCUGUAUGACCAAAACAAAGAUGCAUAAAUUUAUGUAUUUAUUUAAUUAUGUUUUGUUUUCAGUAGAUUUUACACUCUGAUAAAUAUGUGGGCCACUGCAAAUUUGCUACUCCAACAAACCUUUUGUCAUUUCAGCCUGGUUUCUCUAUGAGGCUUUAAUGACACACAGAGCAAGGAGAGUGAAAAACAACCAAAGAGGCCUCAAGUUUGGCUUUCAAAACUAGAUAAUUCAUCUGUGUUAAAAAAGCUGCAGAGACUUUGACUGUGAGAAGCACCAUGGCUUCCAUGUCCCCAUCCUCAUCAUCAUGCUAGACACAACACACCACAUGCAAGCAACACAGCAGUAACUGCAAGAAUGACUCAAUCAGUCUUUGUAGCUUUGUAAUACUUUGGCAAACUGGUCAAAGGCCAUCUGUAAUUAAUUAAUCUUAAUUAUUAAGAGUCCAUUUUGUCCAAAAAGAGAACUCUGUGGGGUUUUCUGAUUGCAUUUAGAAUUGUUUUGGAUUUGGUACAAUAAAAAAACCAAAAAAACCCAGCCUUAGGUAUAUCCUACUUAAUCACUCGCUUCACUCAAACCUCCAGCUACUGGUUUCUUUUUCCUUUGCUUUCCUCUGGCUUUCCAGCGCCUUGCAUAACCAGGUCACACUGGUCCACCAAAAGAAACAGCAACUCUCAAGUACAUUUGCUUGAGUGUCUCUCAAUUAUUAUUUCCAUUCACCUAGAAUGUUUCUGACUGUUGCAUUUUUGCAUCAUUCAACCCAACUCUUGGGGCACAAGUGGAUCAUAUGACAUCUGAAAUCUGGAGAAUCACAGUCUCUAGUUUGACUUUGUCAUCACCCCAGCAUGCAAGCUUAAAUAGUACGGUCUAGUACUAGGGGAAUCCUGACCAAGGUUGUCUAUGUGCACCCCAUAAGACUACAAGAACCUCAUUACAACAUGUUUACGCUCUUUAAGUCCCAGCACAGUUGCUUUUUAAUGUCUAUCAAAAAGAAAUAACCAUAGACAAUUCUGUAUAUUUCUAUUACCUUCCCAAAAAUUGCCUUAAAAGUGAGUGUUUUCCUUUUUCUCUGUCGCCUUGCUGUCGCAUUCCAUCUAUAUUAGUGUAGUCUGUGAUUGGCUGUAGACAGUGUUAUGUAUGACAUAGGGGUGGGCGAUAUGGAAAAAAAAAAUCUUACAAUACUUGAAGACAGUCAGUGCACAAUAAAUGUGCUGAAGCAAAAGUAUGAAUAAAUUGACAGGCUUUUUGAUGAUAUAACAUUUAGGAGGACAAAUACUAUGCUGGGCCAUUAAAAAGAAUCAACCAUUUGUUCUUUAGGGAGCCAGAAGGAUUCUACCAAUGACACGUUUAGUAAAAGCUAGCAAACAUCAGACAAUGAACAAAGGCAGAGAGUAAAGAAGAAGCUGAUUUGGUUGUAAAUUCUAUAAUGUAGGCAUGUCUUGUGUGUCUUAUGGGAUGCAGGCACACCCCUCUCAUUUGGAAUGUCCCCUUACCAAUUGAACAUGCAGCCGAUCCUCCAGUGGAAGUUGUAGAGCCAUCUUUCCAGCCUGUAUUGAUAUGGGACACUAAAGCUAGGAAAUCCAACUCUGUCCCUUUUUGUUUUUCGGCCACCUUCCCAAACCCAUUCCCUAUCCACUUUCAAAAUGCCAGCUUAGAGCCUAUUGUCUGUGUGUGCGGGCGUAUGUGUGUGAAAGCUUUGAAAAUCAAUAAGAACAAUCUCCUCUACAUCUAUCCUUUCUCAGCUUUCAGGGAAAACUAGCAUGAAUAUCCUGAAUUUAUCCAAGAAAGGUAAACUGAGAGUGCUGGUGGAGUUUGGUCAGUUAUUUCUGUUGUGGUGUGAUCUUGUAUUCUGUUAUAUGCAUUCAUCAGAUGUUUUGUAUAGUAGGUUAUUUGAGCAGUGCAGUUGUGUUUUAUAAAUGAAACGAAAAGGUAUAUGAAUAUUAUAUCAGGAAAUUGUACAUUUGAGAGGCAUUUGAGACCAGGUUUAAGAUGUGGCGUGUUGUGUGGUUUGCAUUCCAGCAUUACUUGACUGUAUCAGAGUUUAACAGAGGACGUCUUUGUACAUUUGUAAACCCACUCACACCUUACAACUGACUGUAAGAUGUGUGGCAGCCUGUUAGGUACAGCUAUAAAGUUAGGUGUAAAUAAUAAAGUGGCUGCUGAGUGUACUUUGAAUUAAUGCGUUUUAUACUUGUGUUCAGCAUUGUUUCAUAAUUUUACUUUCUUAUUCAGAUUCUUCACAUUGCACCAAACUUGCACUGCCGUAGAGAAGGACUGUAAAAGGACAGAAGAACCAGAAUCUCACUGGAAAAUAUAGUCAUCCCUAUUCAGUGUCAUUCUAGUUUGUCAGAAUAGAAUGUGGGGCAGUGAAGUAACUAUUUAUUUAUUUAUUUAUUUAUUUAUUUAUUGCUUGAUUGAUUGAUUGAUUGAUUGAUUGAUUGCAUAUCCAUGUUAUUCCCAUGUCAGUCAAAAGCUAAAUAUUACCCUAAAGUACAGUAAAAUAUAUCAUAUUUUUCAUUCUGGGUAAUGUUGUUCUAGUGUUAGUCCUGAAUAAAGGUGAAAUUCAUGUUUUGACAUUCCACAUUUCAUGAAUAUGCAAUUAAAUAGAAUCCUUUUUACUUCACUGCCCUGUUUCUUAUGCUUCUCAUGCUAUUUAUUCAACUAUUAUGUUUAAGUGUGGUGUUUCCUGUGAUUGUGCGCAUUACAAGAAUAAACUGAAGAAAUUACUGAAAGAA